AGGGUCACGGGCCAGAUCACGGGCAAGAUCAUGUGAUGAUGAUCAUCAAACCUCCAAUCAGAGUCAAUCACAGGAUAAUCAACCACAUAAUGAUCAGACUGAACUAUGUGAUGAUUAUCAUGAUCAUG